ACGUGGUCUGGUGUCGUGGGUCACCCUUUUUGCAAAAUGGAGUUGUCUGAGUCCGUGCAGAGAGGGCUGCAGGCUCUCGCCGACGCUUCCGCCUUCGACCAGAGCAGCUUCCAGGCGCUGAUCGACGCGUCUCACCGGAGCCUGCUGUCCUCUCACGGAGACCCGGCGGUCCUCGAUCAGCCCGAGCUGAAGCAGAUCGACCAGAUCUUGCUGAAGCAGAUUCACACAGCAGCCACCACCUUCAUCCUGGAAGCGGUGAAACAAAACGCAGACAAGUCUACGAUAAGCUCCAGCCUGGAAGAGCUCACAUUCAGUGCAGAGAGGAUAGAGAUAUUCUGUAGCAUAUAUCAGAAAUAUAAAAAAGAAGUGGAACAUCUAUUAGCAAGCAUAGGAAGGCGUCCGGCUCAGAUCAACGACGUCUCAUGGCGUCUCCAAUACCACAUGAAGAACGGACAGGUCGAUAAGGUCAACGAGCCUUUCUACUCGAUAUCACUGAACAGCGAGAAAGAAGGAUGCUCGGAAGAUAUCAACUUCACCUGCACAAUGGAGCAGCUGCAGGAUUUGGUGGGGAAGUUGAAAGACGCUGCCAAGAGUGUGGAGAAAGCCAGUCAGAUGUGAUGCUGGUGUCCAGUUUCCUCCCCUACAAAGCACUGAACUCAUCCCGUUUCCAGCGGCGUUACGCAUCUCUUUCUAACUUGUUUUGUACCUGAGAUUGACAUGUUUGUCUCUGUUCUUUGCUGAACAAAAAAAAUAAUAAAGCUGCCUUGUUCCUUGAA